AGCGCAGUCCUUUUCUACUCAGUGCCUCCUCGAGGGUAGAGCUCGUCUCCUGUGAGACCGAUCGACGCAAUCCGCCAGAAUGAUCAUUUACAAGGAUAUCAUCAGCGGAGAUGAGAUGUUCUCCGACAUCUACAAAAUCAAAGAAUCCGCCAAUGGCCUCUGCUAUGAAGUGGAGGGAAAGAUUGUCAGCAGAACACUUGGGGACAUUGAUGAUUCUCUUAUCGGUGGCAAUGCCUCAGCAGAGGUUCAGGAAGAGGGAACAGAAUCUUCAACAGUCAGUGGAGUAGACAUUGUUUUAAACCACAAGCUGUCAGAAACGGGCUUCACCAAGGAAUCGUUCAAACAGUACAUCAAAGACUACAUGAAGGCAAUCAAAGCAAAACUGGAGGAGACUGCACCAGACAGAGUGAAACCAUUUAUGACUGGUGCUUCAGAACAAGUUAAAACUAUUCUUGGAAACUUAAAGAAUUAUCAGUUUUACACAGGCGAAUCAAUGAACCCGGAAGGAAUGGUGGGCUUCCUAGACUACCGUGAGGAUGGGGUCACCCCAUACAUUCUGUUCUUCAAGGAUGGUCUGGAACUUGAGAAAUGUUAAUGCUGCAGGACAUCCACUCUUGUUCCUUUCAUCAUAACUGGCUGCUUAUCAAGAAUUUGGCACACAAAAAUGGACUGGUAUCGUGAGCUCUGUUUUGGAGUGGAGGAAUUGUUUUAAAUUGUUUGUGGUGUUGUAAUAAAACUCAUUUGACCCACA